CAUGACGCAGACUCAAAAAUCAUGGCGGACGAAGUGGAGCAGCAACCGACCACCAACACAGUGGAGGAGCCACUGGACCUGAUCAGACUCAGUCUAGAUGAACGGAUCUACGUCAAGAUGAGGAAUGACAGGGAGCUCCGCGGCCGACUGCACGCGUAUGAUCAGCACCUGAACAUGAUCCUGGGAGACGUGGAGGAGACGGUGACGACGGUGGAGAUUGACGAGGAGACGUAUGAAGAACUCUACAAGUCGACCAAGAGGAACAUCCCCAUGCUGUUUGUCAGAGGCGACGGCGUCGUCCUCGUAGCUCCGCCUCUCAGGGUGGGCUAACCCCAACCACUUCCUGAUGCGUUGGUAACAGCUGGGAAGUCUCUAACCUUGAGGGAGGGGCUGGUGCUGCUAUGACGACUGUCAUCAACACGACCUCUGUCAGAAACAGGAAGAGAGGAUGUUUGUUUGUUUUGGACUGAGAAGACCUUUAAUCCUUUUUUUAUUUGAUGGUAUUAUGAACAGAUCUUGGUGUUUCGGGGAUUUCACCGUGAGUUCAGUUUCUCAGGAUGUUUCUUUUGCUCAGUUCAGUGGCGAAUGAAUCCCACAGCUUUAGUUAUUGAAAUAAUGUCUUUACAGUUUAAUCCCAGUGUUUCUAACGUCUCAUCAUGGUUUCAUUAACUGUUUAAACUCCUGUAUUUAAAGAAUGACACUGACGUUUAAUGUGAUUGUUCAUUUCCUCCAGUGAAACUUCUGUUGGUUCACAGUUAAACUUCUCUAAACUCCCGACCUGUGAAUAUCUGGAGAGGUCUUUUAGUUCCUGUUGGUUUUAGUUUCAUUUUUUUAUAUAUUUUUGUAGUGACAUCAUUCUCAGGUGUGUAAACACCUGCUUUCAUUUGGAUUUUGGUAAACUUGAAUAAAAAAGGUAAAUUUGAAAAAGAA